CCCGCGGACGCUGGCCACAGGGCGGCAGGGGCCUAGCUGCGGAACCCCGCACCCGAGGGCAGCGGAUAAGCACUCGAAGGAGCCGACGAGGCGUCGGGGCGCGAGCCAGAGCGCCUCAGCCCAGGCGUCCGCUGGGCCUCGGAACCCGCGUGUGGCUUGAGAGCCAGGGAGAAGGCGGAGGCGCGCCGCCGUCCGGGCUCCGCAGCAGCCCCUCACCCCCCAAGCCCUGGUCACCGUCCUCACGCUACUGCUCCCGCGGGGAGAUGUCGCGGCCCGGGCCCCGAGCGCCACCCGGGCCCCGGGGCUGAGCUCCGGACCAUGUCCUCCCGCAGCCCCCGGCCCCCGCCCCGCCGCUGCCGCCGCCGCCUGCCGCGCCCCUCCUGCUGCUGUUGCUGCUGCCGCCGCUCGCACCUCAACGAGGACACCGGCCGCUUCGUGCUGCUGGCGGCGCUCAUCGGCCUCUACCUGGUGGCGGGCGCCACGGUCUUCUCGGCGCUCGAGAGCCCGGGCGAGGCUGAGGCGCGAGCGCGCUGGGGCGCCACGCUGCGCAACUUCAGCGCGGCGCACGGCGUGGCCGAGCCGGAGCUGCGCGCCUUCCUCCGGCACUACGAGGCCGCGCUGGCCGCCGGCGUCCGCGCCGACGCGCUGCGUCCGCGCUGGGACUUCCCUGGCGCCUUCUACUUCGUGGGCACCGUGGUGUCAACAAUAGGUUUUGGCAUGACCACCCCCGCGACGGUGGGCGGCAAGGCCUUCCUCAUCGCCUACGGGCUGUUUGGCUGCGCAGGGACCAUCCUGUUCUUCAACCUCUUCCUGGAGCGCAUCAUCUCGUUGCUGGCCUUCAUCAUGCGCACGUGCCGGGAGCGCCAGCUGCGCCGCAGCGGCCUGCUGCCCGCCACCUUCCGCCGUGGCUCGGCGCUGUCCGAGGCCGAUGGGCUGGCUGGCUGGAAGCCGUCGGUGUACCACGUGCUGCUCAUCCUGGGCCUGUUCGCCGUACUGCUGUCGUGCUGCGCCUCGGCCAUGUACACUAGCGUGGAGGGCUGGGACUACGUGGACUCGCUCUACUUCUGCUUCGUCACCUUCAGCACCAUCGGCUUCGGCGACCUGGUGAGCAGCCAGCAUGCUGCCUACCGGAACCAGGGGCUCUACCGCCUGGGCAACUUCCUCUUCAUCCUGCUCGGCGUGUGCUGCAUCUACUCCCUCUUCAACGUCAUCUCCAUCCUCAUCAAGCAGGUGCUCAACUGGAUGCUGCGCAAGCUGAGCUGCCGCUGCUGUGCGCGCUGCUGCCCGGUGCCCGGUGCGCCCCUGGCCCGGCGCAACGCCAUCACCCCGGGCUCGCGGCUGCGCCGUCGCCUGGCCGCGCUGGGCGCCGACGCCGCCGGGGCCCGCGACAGCGACACCGACGGCCGCCGCUUGUCGGGCGAGCUCAUCUCCAUGCGCGACCUCACGGCCUCCAACAAGGUGUCGCUGGCGCUGCUGCAGAAGCAGCUGUCGGAGACGGCCAACGGCUACCCGCGCGGCGUGUGCGUGCACACGCGCCAGAACGGCUUCUCGGGCGGCGUGGGCGCGCUGGGCAUCAUGAACAACCGGCUAGCCGAGACCAGCGCCUCGCGGUAGGCGCUCCCCGCCCGCGCCCGGGGACCCUGGCCAAGGCUGCACUUCACCCAGACGCUGGAGCUUUCUUAAUCUUAAAUAAAAUGAAAC